CCUAAAAUUUCCAUUUUGUUAAUUAGUUAGGUACAAAAAUUAGGACAGAAAAUCAGUGUUGGAAGUUGGUAGUGGAAGAAAACAAAAGCCUGCAUUUGCAUUGGAUCUGAAAUUGCAGAGAAGAACAAGAAGAAAAGAUGGCUCGUGCCGGAGGGAUAACAAACGCCGUAAACGUUGGAAUCGCAGUGCAAGCUGAUUGGGAGAAUCGCGAAUUCAUCUCUCACAUUUCUCUCAACGUUCGUCGCCUCUUCGAUUUCCUUGUCCAAUUCGAGGCUACGACAAAGAGCAAGUUGGCUUCAUUGAAUGAGAAGCUUGAUGUAUUGGAGCGUCGUCUGGAACUCCUUGAAGUUCAAGUGGGCAAUGCAUCAGCCAACCCUUCACUUUUCGCCACAUGAUGAGAUGAAUGUGUGUUGUUAUAGAGCUUUCCAGUAAGCACUCUCUCUACCUGUAAUGUAAAAUCUUAAUGGAAUAAUUCUCCAUCUAUCUUCGUAGUCACAAGUAAAGUGUUUUCACGAAUGCCAUGCUUUAUUGAGUAACCCUACUUCUUUAGUUGAAAUGUAUUGGGUUAUCAUAAAUACCUUUAUUUGCAACUUUAGAAUAGCAAAAUCAUAUGGCUCAUAAAUGAAAGCUGUUGCAAUUCUCAGAUA